AAUGCUUCAAUGGAAAGCAAGGGCAGCGGACGGAGGAGAGAGAGAGAGAAAGAAAGCCAAAGAAGACAAAGCCAUGGAUCGUCAUCGUCGUCAUCCUCCUUCCCGUCGUCGUUUCUCUCUCUACACACCACCUUCUUCUCUUGCUCUCUCCCCCCUCCUCUUCAUCUCCAUCUCCUUCUUCUGCUUCGUCGUCUCGACGUCGAACGCCGCCUUCGACGUCGCCCCCAUCUCCUUCGACGAGGGCUACCGGCCACUCUUCGGGGACGGCAACGUCGUCCGCUCCGCCGCCGGCGACGGCGUCCGCAUCCUCCUCGACCGCUUCACCGGGUCCGGGUUCAUCUCUUCCGAUAUGUAUCGACAUGGAUUCUUCAGCGCGAAGAUCAAGCUGCCGUCGGACUACACCGCCGGCGUCGUCGUCGCCUUUUAUACAUCGAACGGCGACGUGUUCGAGAAGACCCACGACGAGCUGGACAUAGAGUUUCUGGGCAACGUAAGAGGCAAGCCGUGGAGGUUUCAGACCAACGUCUACGGGAACGGAAGCACGCACCGUGGGAGGGAAGAGAGAUACACGCUCUGGUUCGAUCCCACCAAGGAAUACCAUCGCUACAGCAUCCUUUGGACCACCAACAAGAUCAUAUUUUAUGUGGAUGAAGUGCCUGUUAGAGAGAUAGUGAAAAGUGAGGCAAUGGGUAGUGAUUUCCCAUUGAAGCCCAUGUCCCUCUAUGCCACCAUUUGGGACGCCUCCGACUGGGCGACCUCCGGUGGCCGAUACAAAGUCAACUACAAGUACGCGCCGUUCGUGUCCGAGUUCAAGGACCUUGUCCUUGAGGGCUGCCUGGCCGACCCGAUCCGGCAAUUCCCGGAUGAGGGCUACCGCGAGAAGGACGCCCAGCUCGAGGCCAGGAGCUUCGCCACCAUCACGCCGGCCCAGCGCUGCUCCAUGCGCCGGUUCCGCGAGCGAUACAUGUACUACUCCUACUGUUACGACACGCUGCGGUACCCUGUCCCGCUGCCGGAGUGCGUGAUCGUCCCAUCAGAGAAGGCGCGGUUCAAGGACACAGGGAGGCUCAAGUUUGGCGGCAGCCACAAGCGCCGGCCGAGGCAGAGGGAGCGGAUCCCGGUCAGGUCGGUCUCGGAUAAUCAGGCGUCUGUCUGAUGGGUCAUAGAAUCAUAUAUGUAAAUUGGCUUCCCUUUCUUUUUGAGAAUUUUGUGGAAUAAUUGAGGGGAUGAUAUAGUUUGGAGAUCCGUGAAUAUAUUCUUUCCAUUCUUUGUGUGGAUA